AGUCCCUGGCUGAGCUCUGACACUCACUGCGUCCCCCUCGCACAGCCGCCGGCGGCUUCGUCCCUCUGCUGUCCCCGGAGCCACUCGGGGUGCCCGGUUCCCAUCCCCGUCCCCUCUCCGCCGGUGCCCACCGGGGCCGAUGCGGCGGAGCCGGCGCUGAGCCGGGCGCGGUGCUGCCCGCGGGGGCUGGGACACCUCCCCCGGGGCCAUGUCCCCCGCAGCCCCCGCGCCGAGCGACACCGGGACGGCUCUUCCCACCCUGCGCUGGCAUCCAUGCGGAUUCUGAGCUCGCACACCCUCCAGGUUCGGAGCGGGCGCUGAGCGGAGGGAUGGGCAGUGCCAGCCCCGGGCUGAGCGCUCUGCCCCCCGGCCGCCUGGCCUGGCCGGAGCCCGCGCUGCUGCCGCCCCCGCGGGACCCGCACCCCCGCACCUGGGGCUGCCCGGAGAGCCCCAGCCCGCCCAGCACCCCCGAGCAGCCCCUGCCAGCCUUCUGCCUGCACUACUUCGACAUGCUGUACCCGGAGGACACGGCCUGGGCCGCCAAGGGCGCCGGGGAAGCGUCCCAGAGCAGCGGCCAGGGCGGGCGGGAGGAGGCGCGGAAGGAGCCGGAGCAAUGUCCCAUCAUCGACAGCCAGGGCCUGGGGCUGGGGCCCGAGGGGGACCUGCAGGACAGCCUGCACCUGGAGGAGCACUCGCUGGAGCAGGUGCAGAGCAUGGUGGUGGGCGAGGUGCUGAAGGACAUCGAGACAGCCUGCAAGCUCCUCAACAUCGCCGCAGACCCCGCGGACUGGAGCCCCGGGAAUGUGCAGAAGUGGAUCCUGUGGACCGAGCACCAGUACCGGCUGCCGCAGAUCGGGAAGUCCUUCCAGGAGCUGUCGGGGAAGGACCUGUGCGCCAUGUCCGAGGAGCAGUUCUGCCAGCGCUCGCCCGCCUGCGGCGACAUCCUGCACGCCCACCUCGACAUCUGGAAGUCUGCCGCCUGGAUGAAGGAGAAGGCUGCCCCCGGAGAUGUGCGAUACUGCGGAGGUGACAGCAGCUGGGCAGACAGCGAGGUGGAUUCGUCCUGCGCCGGCCAACCCAUCCACCUCUGGCAGUUCCUCAAGGAGCUGCUGCUGAAACCGCACAACUACGGGCGCUUCAUCCGCUGGCUCAACAAGGACAAAGGCAUCUUCAAGAUCGAGGACUCGGCGCAGGUGGCCCGGCUGUGGGGCAUCCGCAAGAACCGCCCGGCCAUGAACUACGACAAGCUGAGCCGCUCCAUUCGGCAGUACUACAAGAAAGGAAUCAUCCGCAAGCCCGACAUCUCCCAGCGCCUCGUCUACCAGUUCGUCCACCCGGUCUGAGCGGCGUCGGGAGCGGCUGAGCGCCGGGAGGGACGGGGGACCUUGGCUGCCUCCCCCUGCCCCAGCCACAGAGACCCUCUGCCAGCAGCAAGGACCUGGGCUGCGGGGCUUCCCCUGCCAGGACCUGCUGGCGACGGACACAGGGACCUCCAGCAGGCCCUGGCGCGGGGCAAGGACCGUGCAGAGCCCUUGUGUCCCGUGGGAAGGGCGGGCAAGGUGGCUGGGCUUGUGCCCCCUGCUCUCCUCCCUCCCGGUUCUGGCUGUAGGUGGCUUCACCCCAGCCAUUGUUCAGGGAGGAAAAAGCCUGGGGCAAGAGCUGAGACAAUGGCACCCACAGGGACAUCCAUAGGGACAGGGACAUCCACUCUGCUCGUGGUGGGGUCCUGCCCCAGUCCCUGUGGGAGCAGCUUGGCACCAGCCGAGGGUGCUGCCUGCCACGGGAGCUGUGCCACUGGUUCCUUGGGCACCCCCUUGGGACAGGUGCAUCCCCCCUUUGCUUUUCACUCGAGGACAUGCUCAGCUUCUCCCCUUCACAGAGAUUUGGGGCUGCAAAUGGGAGUUCUGCAAAGGGAGCAGCUGUAAAUGUGGGUGGGAGGCUGUGCACAGUGGGGGUCCCCCAAGAUGGGGCCACCAGAGUCCUCCUAAGACCACAGGUUCUGUGCCCUGGCACAAAACUCCUCCCCUGAUUCAGACUUUACUUGGACUGCCUGAUUCUGGAGUCUGGGGAAAUGGAGAUGGCAGCUUUGCCAUUUCCCUCUGGACAGUAAAUCCAGAGUGUGAUCUGCCGAGGCUGGGCUGGGGCAGAGAGCUGGGAAUUGCUUCACCUGCUCAUUGCACCAGAGUCAGAGUUACCUGGCAAUGUUGAUCUUUUAUAUUAUAGGUUUUUUUAUUUGUUUAUUUGCUUUUCGGUUUUGGCUGGUGAUGAGUUGUGGUUGAGGUUCAAAUGCCAAGGGGUGGCCUGGGCUUCCAGGGAUGUUCUGUGGGAGCUUAAAAGGAAAAACACCUGGUUCUUGGUCUUUUGUUGUUUGUUUUUUUUUUUUUCCUUAAAAUAUCUGCUGGUGCCAGCUACUGCCUUUCCCUUCUGUUCUUGCUCCAUGCUGCUCCCAGAGCAGUGGAUCCAGACAGCCCUGCUCACAUCCUGGCAGGAGGGAUGGAGAGCAGUGAGGAGCAGGGGGAGGAAGAAAACUGCCUUGGCCUUUGGAAAAGGGAGUAGAAAAAUGAAAAAAUGGGGGAAAACAAAAAGCAAAGUGUGCCUUGUGAUUUGCUGUGUGUGCCCGACGCAGCCGGUGCGGGGGAACUGUGAGGAUGGGCUGGUGCUGCCCCAGAUCCUGGGUCCCACUCACAGGUCCUCUGGUAGGGUGGGAGGGGACAGGAGGUGACAUCAGCCUGCUGUGCCAGGGCUUUCACAGGCUCAGGAGAGCACUGGGUCAGGGCUGGUGCUUGGAACAGCCCCAAAACCAAAAAUGCAUCAUCUUGAACCCCUCUGUGGGCUUCCCAAGGCUUUGUCCGGCAGUGGCACAGGAGUCCCCAAAGGCUGUUCUCCUUGUCCCCCCAGCAAUGCAUCCGAGCCCCCCAUCCUGCUGCACCCCAAAACCUUGGGGUGGGGGUGUUGCUGCCUGGGGGUGCUGUGGGGGUCCAUAAUUGCCCCCCCAGGGGUGAGACAGACGCACAGCAAAGGAGACCCCAGAGCCAAGGACGCUGACAGAGCUCGGUUAUUUUCUCUUGCUGCUUUUUGUUGUUGUAUCCACGGAAAUACAAUCACGAGAGAUAUAUAUAUUAUAUAUAUACUUCUUAAAUUACACAAUCAAUGUACAAAAACCAGGGUGCAUUGCUGAGACAGGUGGUUGGUUGGGUCUUUUCUGACUUUGUGGGUUUUUUUCCGGUACCUGGCAGGGGCUGGAUGGCUCCUGCCCACCGUGCCCAGCACACGGUGCUUCCCCUGCAUCCACGAGAACACUGGAGGAUCCCUGGGGCCAAAAAAUUCACGAACCAACGGAGGGGGUGGGAUAGGAGCAGGAGGAGCGUGCGGGAAGCUGAUGGCAUUGAUGCUGCUAAGAGUGAUGGAAAGAAAUGAGAGAUGAUCCAUAGGGAAGAGCUCAGGGUGGCACCUGGGGUAGGGGGUGGCUGUGCUGGGUGGCAGAGCCCAGGGGAGGAGGGGGACAGCUCCGUGGGGACAAGCAAAGGGCAAAACCUGUGGCCAUUCCCCUGCCUUGGUGUGUCUUGUUUGUGCUCUGCCUGGGCUGGGCAUCCUGAGCGCUCCUGCAGCUCCUGCCAGCACCCUGCAAGGCUGCACCACACUCACCCCCCGUCCCUGCUCUGCUCCAGCCUCUCUUCAGGAAGGGGCAGAUGUACCCAGCAGUGCCAAGGCAGCCCUCGCUAUCCCAGGCUGGGCAUGAAGGUGCUUCCAGCAGCCUUGGGCCCUGCUGGGUCCUGCUCCUGAUUUUAGGGGCCAUCUCACGUGGAUCUGGUGUGCGUUGGAUACCUGCCCAGCCGCAGGGCGAUGCUGCUCCCUGCAGCACAGAGCGGGCAUCGCCUCGGGAGCCUCCGCCCACUCCAGCUGUGCCGACAGCCCAGCCGGGAGGAGGAGGAGGAAGCUGAGGAGAUGCCCGAAAGCUCCAUGGCAGGGCUGGUCCCACCUCACCUGGGCAUCUCAAGGAUGGCCGUGGGGCUGAAGGGGGCAUUCACCUCCUUCCUCAGGGCGGGAGGAUGAACUGGGGAGAACAUGGAAAAACCAAAAAAAUAACCAACGGAGUCAGACUCCAAUCCCUCUUGGUUUUCUGGGAUGAAUUUGGUUGGUCCCAGGAGCUUCGGCGCCGUGCGUUUCGGAACAGUUCCAGCCAAUCAGAAGGCGGCUCAUGAUUUCAGUAUCUUUAAAAACCAACCAAUCAGAAGCUCUCACUGGUUGGGCUUUAAGAUCUUGAGGUAUCGGCUUUUCGCUCAGAAAAAAAAAAAUAA